AUGGCAGCACUCCAAGAUAGAGAAAUUGCCAUUCGAAUCUUUCGAGCAUGCACAGAACUGGGCAUCAGAUCUGUGGCAGUGUAUUCAGAGCAAGACAAAAUGCACAUGCACAGACUGAAAGCUGAUGAAGCAUAUCUCAUUGGUAAAGGUCUUCCCCCUGUACAGGCUUAUCUCAACAUACCUGAGAUCAUCAAAGUUGCUAAGGAUUAUGACAUUCAUGCCAUCCACCCUGGCUAUGGAUUCCUGUCUGAAAGGGCAGACUUUGCUGCAGCUUGUCGAAAUGCAGGGAUUGUCUUCAUUGGACCGAGGUCAGAAACAGUUGAGAGGAUGGGAGAUAAAGUAGCUGCAAGGAAAGCAGCUGAGGAAGCAGGUGUUCCUUGUGUGCCUGGGACAUCUGGCCCAGUGAAGGACCUGAAUGAGGCAAGGGAAUUCUGUGAUAAACAUGGCUUUCCUGUGAUAUUCAAGGCUGCAUUCGGUGGUGGUGGUCGUGGAAUGCGGAAGGUCAACAAUGCCAGUGAAUUGGAUGAAGCGUUUGCAAGGGCCACUUCAGAAGCAAUGGCAGCAUUUGGGAAUGGGGCACUAUUUCUGGAAAAGUUUGUUGAGCGACCACGGCACAUUGAAGUUCAGAUCCUUGGAGACAAGGAAGGAAAUGUAGUUCACCUGUAUGAGAGAGAUUGCUCAGUACAAAGACGGCACCAAAAGUUGGUUGAAAUUGCACCUGCACCAAAGCUGGAUUUAAAGACCAGGGACAAGAUGACAGCUUGUGCUGUAAAGCUGAUGAAGCAUGUAGGAUAUGAGAAUGCAGGGACUGUUGAGUUUCUGUUGGAUGAGAAAGGCAAUUUUUACUUCAUUGAAGUGAAUGCUCGGCUUCAAGUGGAACACACCAUCACUGAAGAAAUCACUGGACUGAAAGCUGAUGAAGCAUAUCUCAUUGGUAAAGGUCUUCCCCCUGUACAGGCUUAUCUCAACAUACCUGAGAUCAUCAAAGUUGCUAAGGAUUAUGACAUUCAUGCCAUCCACCCUGGCUAUGGAUUCCUGUCUGAAAGGGCAGACUUUGCUGCAGCUUGUCGAAAUGCAGGGAUUGUCUUCAUUGGACCGAGGUCAGAAACAGUUGAGAAGAUGGGAGAUAAAGUAGCUGCAAGAAAAGCAGCUGAAGAAGCAGGUGUUCCUUGUGUGCCUGGGACAUCUGGCCCAGUGAAAGACCUGAAUGAGGCAAGGGAAUUCUGUGAUAAACAUGGCUUUCCUGUGAUAUUCAAGGCUGCAUUCGGUGGUGGUGGUCGUGGAAUGCGGAAGGUCAACAAUGCCAGUGAAUUGGAUGAAGCAUUUGCAAGGGCCACUUCAGAAGCAAUGGCAGCAUUUGGGAAUGGGGCACUGUUUCUGGAAAAGUUUGUUGAGCGACCACGGCACAUUGAAGUUCAGAUUCUUGGAGACAAGGAAGGAAAUGUAGUUCACCUGUAUGAGAGAGAUUGCUCAGUACAAAGACGUCACCAAAAGUUGGUUGAAAUUGCACCUGCACCAAAGCUGGAUUUAAAGACCAGGGACAAGAUGACAGCUUGUGCUGUAAAGCUGAUGAAGCAUGUAGGAUAUGAGAAUGCAGGGACUGUUGAGUUUCUUUUGGAUGAGAAAGGCAAUUUUUACUUCAUUGAAGUGAAUGCUCGGCUUCAAGUGGAACACACCAUCACUGAAGAAAUCACUGGGAUUGAUUUGGUUCAGUCCCAGAUCCACCUGGCUGGAGGUAGACUCUUGUCUGAGUUGGGACUAACUCAAGAUAAAAUUGGGAUCCAGGGAUGUGCUAUCCAAUGCCGAAUCACAACAGAAGAUCCUGCCAAAGAAUUCCAACCUGACUCAGGCAGACUUGAAGUGUUCCGCAGUGGUGAAGGAAUGGGGAUUCGAUUGGAUGGUGCUUCAGCAUAUGCUGGAGCAAUCAUCUCCCCCUACUACGAUUCUCUAUUGGUAAAAGUGAUUGCACAAUCGACAAAUCUUCAGGCAGCUUCUGCAAAGAUGAAUCGGGCCCUGCGAGAAUUUCGAGUUCGUGGUGUCAAGACCAACAUUCCCUUCUUGCUGAAUGUCUUGGAGAGUCAAAAGUUUCAAUCAGGGAUCAUUGACACCUACUUCAUUGAUGAGCAUCCUGAACUCUUCCAUUUAACACCAUCCCAGAACAGGGCUCAAAAAUUGUUGAUCUACCUUGGAAACCUGUUAGUGAAUGGGCCCAUGACACCAUUGGGUACCCCAUUGGCACCUGCAGAAAUUGAUCCCAAGAGAGAUGAUGUACCAGGAGGUGAGCCACCUCCACUGGGAUUCCGAGAUAUCCUAUUGAAGGAAGGACCAGAAGGAUUUGCAAAAGCAAUUCGCAACCACAAAGGAGUGCUCCUGACCGAUACCACAUUCCGUGAUGCUCACCAGUCUCUGCUGGCAACCCGUGUCCGCACUUAUGACCUCCUUCGCAUAUCUCCCUUUGUGGCCCAUAACCUCCAGAAUCUUCUCAGCCUUGAGAACUGGGGAGGUGCAACCUUUGAUGUGGCCAUGCGCUUCCUUCAUGAAUGCCCUUGGGAACGGUUGGAGAGCAUGCGCAAGUUGAUUCCCAACAUCCCCUUCCAAAUGCUCUUCCGAGGUGCCAAUGCUGUUGGAUACACUGCUUAUCCUGAUAAUGUCAUUUACAAGUUCUGUGAGCUAGCUGUUUCAAGUGGGAUGGACAUAUUCCGCAUCUUUGAUUGCCUGAACUACAUGCCCAAUAUGCUUUUGGGUAUUGAUGCUGUUGGCAAGGCUGGAGGAGUGAUUGAGGCUGCCAUCUCAUACUCGGGUGAUGUAUCCAAUCCUAGUCGAACUAAAUAUGACCUCAAUUACUACUUGAAACUAGCUGAUGAGCUGGUGAAAGCAGGGACACAUAUCCUUUGCAUAAAGGAUAUGGCAGGGUUGCUGAAGCCCCGAGCAGCCAAAAUCCUCAUCUCAGCUCUCAGAGACCGCCACCCAGAUAUCCCAAUCCAUAUCCACACUCAUGACACAGCAGGAGCAGGCGUAGCGACAUUACUCCAGUGUGCAGAGGCAGGGGCAGAUGUGCUUGAUGUUGCUGUGGAUUCCAUGAGUGGCAUGACUUCUCAGCCCAGCAUGGGAGCUGUUGUUGCUUCCCUUCAAGGAUCAGAUCUGGAAACUGGGAUGGACCUGAAGUCUGUGAGCAAGUAUUCAGCUUACUGGGAACAGACUCGCACAAUCUAUGCUCCAUUUGAAUCGGCUUUGACUAUGAAGUCUGGGAAUGCAGAUGUGUAUGAGAAUGAGAUUCCUGGUGGCCAAUACACAAACCUUCAAUUCCAGGCCUUCUCUCUUGGUCUGGGUCACUUAUUUGAAGAUAUCAAGAAAGCAUACAAGGAAGCCAAUAUCCUACUGGGAGACAUCAUCAAGGUAACACCAUCCUCCAAAGUAGUUGGAGACCUGGCCCAGUUCAUGGUGCAAAAUCGACUCUCUGCCUCAGAUGUACUUGACCGGGCAGAGGAGCUCAGUUUCCCAAAAUCUGUGGUAGAAUACCUUCAGGGUACUCUCGGGACCCCUCAUGGAGGAUUCCCUGAACCACUUCGAUCAAGAGUGCUAAAGGAUAUGCAUCGCAUUGAGGGUCGUCCUGGUGCUUCACUGCCAGCUUUGAAUAUGGAUGCCUUGAAGGUUGACCUUGUAGACAAUUUUGGGCGCCUUGUCCGGGAUACUGAUGUGAUGAGUGCAGCUCUCUACCCAGAUGUUGCAAAGGAUUAUUUUCACUUCCGGGAGACUCAUGGACCUGUGGAUAAGCUAGAGACUCGCAUCUUCCUUGUUGGGCCAAAAGUUGGUGAGGAAUUUGAGGUGUCCAUUGAACGUGGGAAAACAUUAGCUUUCAAGGCCCUAGCCAUUGCUGAAAAGAUGACAAAGAAAGGGGAAAGGGAGGUGUUCUUUGAGUUGAAUGGGCAGCUGCGAUCUGUCUUCAUUCAUGACAAAACAGCUGUCCAGGAGGUGCAUCUGCAUCCUAAGGCCCAGAAAGGUGUGAAAGGGUCAGUUGGGUCUCCAAUGAGAGGAAGCGUGUUGGUCGUUAGAGUUAAAGAAGGCGAUACAGUGGAAAAGGGAGCUCCACUCAUUGUACUUAGUGCCAUGAAGAUGGAAAUGGUGGUUCAGGCUCCCAUUGCUGGAGUUGUGAAGAAGAUUGCUGUUACUCCUGAUAUGAAGCUUGAAGCUGAUGACCUCAUCUUGGAGCUAGAGCCCAAAUAAAACCCAACAGACCCUGACCUCCACCACAAGUUUGUUCAAAUUAAGGAGGCGUACAUCAUCCUAAGCAAGGACUCCACUCGGACAUCUUAUGAUCUGAAUCUCCAGUUUCAAGAGAGUCAAGGGUCAAAAUCCACAAGCUCAGCAUGGGUCAGAACCCAGGCACCUUCAGAACCUCUCAUCUGGAAGGACGAGAGCAUCUGGGAGAUGCGAGAUCGUUCGCAUGACAGGCGAUACCGACAUGAAUCAUAUUAUGGGUUUAGUGGUGUGAAACGGCUUCCGAAUUCCUAUAUUGUAGCUGGGAUUCUUACUUUCACUAUCCUUGGCUGUGUUGGGCAUUAUGUUGCUGCAAAGUACCUGGGAGAGAAGCAUAAGCGAGAUGUGGAGGAAAUGGAAAGGAAGCAUACCUUGAUUUACCUUGGUGUGAGAGCCAAGGCAAAGGAUGAUGGGAAUGAGUUACAAGUUGAAUCAUUACGCCAAAGGAUCCAGAGUAAUCCCGACUAGGGGCAGCAGAAAUAGUUUUAUCUAAACUUAUAUUUAUUUUGUAGUGUAUUUUGUUAGCCAC